AUGUCUCCUGGCCUCAUAGAUGGACUUGGGAGCCUUCUGGGUGGCUCCUCUACGCUGGGGCCAAUUACUGGUCAGGACCGUACAAUUCUGGGCCCUCUCACCGCGACCUUCACUCAGCCACCAGAGUGUACUACGGCCGUUGCCCAGGUUAGUGGAGAUGCGUUACUUGGCCGCCUAGCAGAAGUUUGUGGAGCAGGGACUGGUGCUGUUGACACCGCUUGCUGGCCGACAGCAACCGCCGGUGUUUCUGGCCCUUUGACAGAUUCUCCUGGAUGGGGCUUCUACUCGCCUGGAAUAGUAUGUCCUGCAGGUCAUACCAGCGCGUGUUCUGCCACUGGAGGCCUGCUAGGCCCGAAAGACUGGUCGUUGCAAUACACUUUGUCUGCAAGUGAGACUGCCGUGGGCUGCUGUCCCAACGGAUAUGGCUGCGACAAUCUUGGUGGACAGACCUGUAUACAGACUACAACAUUACUGGAAGUACCAACAACCGACUGUGGCUCUAGAGACAACGUAAUCCUCCCAAGGCAGACUGCCAUAGCUGUGACGCUCCUCGCGCCAAUGUUCCAGAUCGUCUGGCAGAGCAGUGACAUCGUUCCUGGUGCGGUCGCCUCAUCAACAUCUUCGCAGCCUACAGAAACAGGUUCCCUGAGUUCUUCGGCUGCAGACCCACCAAGUCUUUCGGGAACUCAGACCAUAUCAGGAGAAGCAUCGCCAACCGGGGACCUCGAGACAGCCAGCAGUUUCGCGAGCCUUGCCCCAAUACCGUUGCCAACGGAGACAGUGACAGCCGCCGCGCCGAGUAACGCCGACAUCAACACGGCUCAAGCUGCUGGCGCAGAGGAUCAGGACGACUCCAAGGGGGAAAACGGUGGGUUCCCAGUGCCUGCUAUGAUCGGCGUCUCUGUGGCAGGCGGGUUAGGUGCCAUGGCCGUGGCCAUCUGGGCAGUAUACAUGUGGCAGCGCAGACGACGAUACACAAAGGACAUGCUGCAAGGCAUAAGCGACGAUCGCAUGCUCCACGACCUCGACAAUAUGUACGAGACCGCGCGACCCAAGACAUUCGACAGGGUCGGGAAGGAGGAGAUGUAUGAUCUUGGGCGGCAGGAAACAUUUUCUAGUAGGCCAGAUCUGGAUACCAGCAUGUCUUACGGACCUGGGCAGGAGACAUCGCGCUUCUUUAGGGCUGGACCCCAACGGAGCCCCCAGUUCGUGGGAUACCCUAAUUUCCUGUCCCCCGGGGGAGGUGGGACUGAUAGAUUAAGAGAACUGGCUGGGGAUCCUGAUUAUAGUUCAAAUUAUCGGCGCUAG